GUACCGCAUCCGUGGCUGGAGGACUCUGCUCUCCCGUCCCCAUAGAGACAAGCUCCUACAACCGUUCUACUCCACCCACCCUCAGCAGCACUGGCAGCAGUGAUGCCAGCGAAUUUGAAUUAGCGUUUGGACAUUACUCGUGCUUUUCCCUCGAAUGCCGACCUCACGUGGUUGGCCAAACGGAUUUGGUUUCAUUUAUUACCUUGGGAUUAACCGGCGUUAUCCUGAGAGGCCGGAGAGAUUUGUGCCGAACGGGGCGGGGAGGAGAGCUCGGAGGAGUCUUUGGUCUCCUCCGUUAUCUCGCCACUUGCCCCAGCCAGCCAGUCCGCUGCUGUAACAACCCAAGACGCAAACACGAAAGGGGAUGGAGCCAAUGUACCCGUAAAGCAUGGAUGCGGAGGUGAGUGCCGGGCAGGGGGGCAGCACCAGAAGGAGAGCAGCGCAGGAUGGCCAUGUAGGAAGAGAAGGAGACUUGGAAGUUUUGGUGGUACCACAGGAUCUGUACGACUCUGCCAGGGCCAAAAUAGAAGCAAAUCUCAGAUGGCUGCUGGCCAAAGCUUAUGGAGUUGCAGACCACGUCCCAGAUGACCUGAAGGAUCCUUUUUAUACGGACCAGUAUGAUCAGGAGCACAUCAAGCCCCCUGUCAUUCAUCUGCUGCUGUCCGGAGAGGUCUACUGCCGGGUGUGCGGACUAAUCUUGCGCUCAGAACAAGCAGCUUCACUUCGAAGCCAUCAGUCUGUACUCCAGGCUCUGUCCGCCAGGGGCGUCCAAGUGCGGGACUCGGACGAUGUACACGUCUCGGUUCUGGAUCUCAGCACGACCCCUCUCAAGAUGAGUUGCCACAUGCACCUGAUCGAUUCCCUCAUGACGGCCUACACGAUGGAGAUGAUCAGUGUGGAGAAGGUGGUAUCCAGUGUCAAGCGAUUCUCCAAUUUCAUCCCCUCCAAGGAGCAUCCGUUGGACCUGGAAGAUGCCAUGGUUCUUUGGAUCAACAAGGUGAUCACAAAGAUGAACACUAUCUCUGAAAAAGAGAUGAAGAUGAAGCAGCACCUGCUGGACUCACCAAAUCAUCAGCAGGUGCGUUAUCGCAGGGAUCACCUCUCAGGUCGGACAUUUCAGCUCUUCUCCCUCGUGGAUGACCUGUGUGCAGACGUGUGCGACGGCGCUGCUCUUCUGACCCUGAUCCACUUCUACUGCCCCGAAGUCAUUCAACUUGAAAAUAUCUGCCUGAAGGAUGUGGCCUCCGUAGCUGACAGCGUGUACAACAUCCAUCUGCUGAAGGAGUUUUCAAAUGAAUACUUGAACAAGUGCUUCUAUUUGACGCCAGAGGACAUGCUGUAUUGUUCUCCGAUGCUGAGGAAUAACGUGAUGGUGUUCAUCGCCGAGCUCUUCUGGUGGUUUGAGGUUGUGAGGCCCGACUUUGUACAGCCCAAAGACCUGAAGGAAAUCAGAGAUGGUUUACGCCGCAUUUGUACAGCAAGAAUGCUUCUGCGGCCUAAGACCUCUCGAUCCCACCCAGCCAUCGAUGUUACCAAACGUACUUUCCCCACGACGUCAAGUGCCGCUGCAAUGUUGACCACGCCUUCAAGCCCGGACUUUAGUACGGUACCGAGCACUUCCAUCUCUCCUCGCUUUUCAGUGCCUCAAAGACGACAGAGGGGAGUUGAGGAUGAUGCUCCAGUGAGGAUUCUGCGUAGCUCCCUGGCACGUAAAGAUGAGAAGCCUCAGGGUUUGUCACAGGUCUGGCCAGAGAGGAGGCAGAGGCCCUUCUCCCAGCCGGCACCUUACGCCUUGCAUUUCCCCACUCAUGAAGAUGACGCAGACAACAUCAGCGUGGCUCGCUCCACCAGCAAAAACAAUUCAGCCUCUGCCGUUAUGACGCCCGGCCACAUCCUCGGGGGUUCAGCUCGCCCGUUGCAUCAACACAGACCGAGCGGGCAAAGCCUCCUCAGCCACAUUCACGUUGAGGAUGAGGAGGAGAUCUUAGAGGAAGAGGAGUUGGUCGCUGUCAUCCACCCCGCCGCCUGCCCCCGACGUCCACUCAGGGGCGACAUGGAGCUGGAUGAAUUGGAAAUGGCCUACGCGACCUCAUCCCGGAGAGUUUCUAAUCCAGUCAAGAUGGACUUCUUAACCCCAGACUUGCAGGCGGAAAGCUACUACCUCGAGCCUCUGAUGCCUGCCGUCCCAAAGCCAGCCAAAGAGAAGAGCAUCAGCCUGAACAAGGAGGAGGAGAGCGGGGAGAGUCGCUGCAGGUCAGAGAUAUCCGGCGUGAAAAUAGCCACCACGCAUAUUCCACAUAAAUCACACCCGAAAUCACCAUUGUCUGAAUGCGAGAGAUUUCAAUUUAAACCCGUACCUGUGGUAAAGUCCGGCCCCACCCGGGAAGGCUCGUCGCACACUUCGCUUACUGAGAGGACACCGCCACAAGGCUUCUACCUUCACAUGUCCGGAGAGUCCGAGUGUCACAGUCAUCUUUCCUCUGAUGCGGAAGUAGGACAGGAUUCUGACUCGGACAUUGCCGAUUUUGAGGAAGAUGACGAGGAUGUGGAGAUGAUUGAGGCGAGCGGUCGAAAGGGGAUUGGUUUACUGCGGGAAUUUUCAGAGGUUGAGUCUUUUAAGCUGAGAGAAGACCUGAAGCUGAGGGAACGAGAUGAUAAGGAAGAUUGGAGUGGGCGUUGCAGCCCCUGCCUCAGUACCGUGUCUUGCGCAAGCAGCUGCAGCGCUUCGGGCAGCGCCGGUAUUAGGAUGACCAGCUUUGCCGAAAGAAAGCUGCUUAAGCUCAGCCUCCGCGACGGGUUCUGCAGCCCUAGCAGUUCGCAGAAGACAACACCUGACCAUUCGGAGGAGAGUAUUCCUUGCUCUCCGUGGCAGCGAAAGAGCCAAGGUAGCCCCGGAUGGUUGGGGAUAGACUCCACCUCUGCUGCGAGGAAAACGGUGAGUCCUCCAGGAGUGCCUUCGGAGCUGCUGCAGCUCCACAUGCAGCUGGAGGAGCAAAGGCGCGCUAUUGAGCAGCAGAAGAAGAAGAUGGAGACCUCGUCGGCGCGGCAGCGACUGAAACUCGGCAAAGCUGCGUUCUUGAACAUCGUGAAACAGGGCGAAGGGAGGAGCGACACACUCCCUCUUCCUCUCAAACAUUCGCCUUCGGACGAUCUGUCUGCCGCUCAGAAAGCGAAGAGUGCCUGCUGCAAGGAUGACUCCUGUCUUGAGGUUUUGAAGGUGCAGGCGGAGGCAGGAGGAAGACAGAUACAUCCAGAUAACCGGUUCAACACCUCGGCACAGGAUAGCGUCUCGGCAUCGGAUGGGAGUGAGCGCUCGCGCUCCAUAGAUCUCCUCAACGAGGCCAUCAGUGUCAUCCAACAGCAGAUGACACAGCUGUCGUUGCAACAAGACUUGUUAAUGAAAAAGAACGCAGCCCCAUCUUUGGAAUCUAAAGAGCCAGACCGGAAACCAACUCCGGCCACAACAGAGUCCCCCACCUCCGACCCCAGAUCUUUCGCCGUUCACUUUGUGGACCUCAACGACAGCGGUUGUACCCCAACUCGCCGUCCUCCCAAGCUGAGCUCCAGCCAGCGAAGCAAAGCCUCCGAGCCGAAGCACAAGAACGACGGGGCGCUUGACGCUGAAGCCGCGACCCCUCCCAAGGAAAAGACUGGCGCGGUAAGCCAGGAUGCUGAAACCGCCAGGUUGGAUCGAAACUUCAGAAGACGCACAACCUUCAGAAUCCAAAACGACCAGGGCUGCGCCAGGGAGGAACCCGAACCCGCUCUAUCUCCUGUCAAAAUUCAGUCAGAGGACCCAGCGACCUCUGACACCUCCAUCACUCCAUCACGCCGUGCGGAAGACGACGAGGUGGACAUCUCAGGGAGAGAAUCUGCGGUUGGAGACGACAGCACCAAGGCAAAAGGUCUGCUGAUCCAGGUUGACCUGUCAGAGCUGAAGGUCCCCGAGGAGGCUGCGAGCGCCAACAGCACAAGCGGCGAGCAAAAGAAUGUACUCGGCUUCUUUUUUAAGGAUGACGAGAAGGCCGAAGACGAGAUGGCCAAACGUCGCGCCGCCUUCAUGCUCAAACAGCAGCGCAAAGCCCAGGAGGCCAGGCUACGCAAGCAGCAGCAGGAAGCCGACAGUGAGCUCAAGCGGGACGAGGCCAGGCGGAAGGCGGAGGAGGAACGCGUUCGUAAAGAGGAGGAGAAGGCCAGACGAGAACUGAUUAAGCAGGAAUACCUACGCCGGAAGCAGCAGGCAUUGUUGGAAGAACAGGGUCAGGUUAAACCGAGGCCCAGGUUCAAAUCCCGCAGAAGUAGACCCAAAUCAUCGCAACGCGGCGAGUUCAGCAGCCCCUCGAAAGGAUCCGCCACACCUGAUUUGAGCUGCAGCUUUCGAGGAUCCACGUUGUCUUUGGCCACAGAGGCGGACAGCGUCAUCUCCGGAGAGAUGGAGACGCAGAGGGCUGAGUCGGUCUGCUCCAUGGAUUCUUUCCCUGUGCUGAGCCGAACCUCCAGCAGGAACAUGGAGCGCGACUGGGAGAGCGGUUCCGUCGCCUCCUCCAUCAUGUCAACUGAGUACAAUGGGCCCAAGCUUUUCAAAGAGCCGAGCUCCAAGUCCAACAAGCCCAUCAUCAUCAAUGCCAUCGCACACUGUUGCCUCGCCGGAAAGGUGAACGAGGCCCAGAAGAAUGUCCUUCUGGAGGAGCUCGAAAAAUGCGAGUCCAACCACCUGAUCAUCCUCUUCCGCGACGGCGGCUGCCAGUUCCGAGCAGUGUACUCGUAUUCACCGGAGACGGAGGACAUCGUCAAGUUCACGGGCACGGGGCCGCGCGCCAUCGGCCACAAGAUGAUCGACCGGCUCUACAAGUACAGCUCGGACCGCAAGCAGUUUAACGUCAUCCCAGCCAAGUCGGUAUCGGUCAGCGUGGACGCGCUGACUAUCCACAACCACUUGUGGCAGGCCAAGAGGCCCGGCAGCGCGCGCAGGAAGUGACACACGGAUGCUCGGGACCUCUGUUCAUUUUAGGACUCUUGGGCCGGACCCAAAUAGUCAUAUUACGUGUUCAGACACAAUGCUCCAAAAUUGCAUCGUCUUAAAGGGGAACUGAAACAUUUCCUUUGCAAUUUUAGGUGACCCUACUAGUAUGAUAUUUGAAUAUUGCAUUCACGGAAUAAUAAUGGACGCCAAACUGCCUUUAGGCUCGCAUUUUGAUGUGAAUUUCAGUCGACGGCAGAAGAAGACUGGACAAAAUGGCAGUUUGAUGAAAGUGGGUGGAUUAAUCAUCUCAACUCAUAUUGCACAAACACAAUGUUAAUCAUAAUACAGUACCGUGUUUAGAUUAGUGGGGGCACAUAGAGCAUACUGUAGUAUUGCAAAGAGUUUUCUUUUUGCCAUGAGUUCCCCUUUGAGAUUAGAUUGAAAUCAAAUGAAAACACUUUGAAAUUAUCAUUUGUUUGUUUGUAGUCAACCAGUCUGACCUUUAAAUGCUGGUGACAUUAGUGCAGUGAUUCCCAACCUCUGUUAAGGCUAGGCACUUAUUUUACUGCAGAAAAUCUCACUGCACGUCAAAAAAAUAUAAAAUAUGGGACUUUUUUGGGUGGCAUUUUGAUCAGUUUUCCAAUUUCUACAUAUAGAUCAUCCAAAUUACAAUAUUUAUAUUUGGGAAUCUGGCAGUUUUUGCCUCAGUUUAUAGAAUACAACCACAUUAUUAAUUUAACUCACACAUACUUGCAUAUUCAGAGAAACCUGCAAUUUUUGAGAGAUGUAUUCUAAAAAUUAUGAUUCCUAAAAUUACUUACAAAGUUACUUGCCACAAAGUUAUUAUUCUGUUUUAUGAAAGGAUACAUAGGUCAACUCUACCUUCAGUCAUAUGGUGGAAUUUGUCUGCCUGUAAAUAUAUGGCGCUGGCAUCAAUGAACAAAGACAAUAUUUGUAGUAAAUAAUCAACACCUGGUGAUCUGGCAAAGUUGCUGGGAAUCACUGCGCCAUAGAAUACGAAACACUGCGCUAGCCAAAUGCGGUAUUUCGUUUUUAUUUAUGAUACUUCUGCAUGUCACAUUUGUUUUAGGUACUGGUCCUUCCCGCAUUCUUUUUGGCGCAUAGCCGAUGGACUGAUUACGCUGCGUUUUCUUAUGGCAAUGAUUCUGAUGUUUGACCAAAAAAAAAACCCACACAAAAAAAAGUUUGUUGUAUGAGUGUGAAUGGUUGUUUGUCCCCUUGCUCGUUGCGAUUGGCUGGCAAUCAGUCCAAGGUGAAUCUUGCCUCUUGCUCAAAGUCAGCUUGGGUAGGGACCAGUUCAGCCACAACCGUAAAUAAGAAAAAACACUGAGGGAAGGGGAUGGAUGAAAAGCAAAGGCAACAAAAGCCUGUUCUAUUUGUUUAUUUAUUUAUUCACUUUUGUUUGUUUGUUUGUUUUUGGGCUGCUAUUCCUUUUCAAUUCACUUUAGGGGGGUGAGAUUCUUGACCAGCUCACGGGCUUUUUCGCAAAAUCUCACUUGAGGACAAGCAAUCUUUAAAUGUAGCUUCAAAUGCUCAACAAGUUGCCUGCCCGUUCCCUGGUCAUUGGAACUUGAUGGCGAGCAAGACUGCACAAUACUUGAUAUUUUUUUGCUGCAUUUUGUAUAUUUCUAGGUGGAUAUUUUGUACCAGUUAAAGAAAUUAAACAAAACAAAAAACAUAGGCACUGUUUUGAGGUUUAUUUUGUCACAGUCCCAUUGCGUUGUGUACUCUAAUGUACUAAUUUAUUUUAAAUAUCUGGAAUAAAUUGCAGUUCAAGA